AAAUGAAGAUCAAACAGCAGUUGGAGAAAAUGAGUUAUCUGAUCAAGCGAUUUCAGAGAGAACUUAGGGAUGUCAAACCGACUCCAGAGUUUGUUGAAAAGUUAAAAAGCAUGAUGGAGGAGAUUGAAGAAGCAAUUCAUUCAUUCAAGGAGCAGCAUCGCAUAAAGUACGAUGAUUUGAUGCGGUCAGAGAAGACAUUAUAUUUAGAAUUACAGCAGUUGGAACGUAAGUUUGAAGCUUGGAAUCAGGCCACAAGAACUGACAAUGUGGCAUCACAAGCAGCAUCUUCAAAAAUUCCAACCAUUGUCAGUGAUAUCUCCAAAGAUUUGCCACCAGAAGUCGUAGCCUUUGAUAAAUUUGUGCAACAAAGUGGAGGACAUCAAGGUGGUUGGGAUGAACAGGAUCAUCAGACCUUCCUGAGAUACAGAAAUAUGUACAAAGGUAGGAUAGUUUUUCUGGACCAUGUGAAACCACUGCUGCCCUUACACACAGAGACUGAGAUCAGGGAACAUGAGGCUUGGUUUCAAGAGUACACAUUUCUCUAUGAGAGCAAGAAAUAUGCAGUCAAGAAAUGGAGAGAAAAGAAAGAGGAAGACAAAGAAGAUGCUAUUUCUCAAGUUCAAAGUCAGUUGGAGUCACAGAAAGAAGAAGACACAAAGAAGCACACUCUUACAGCCGAAGAAAAGGCAGAAAAACUGAACCAAAUCAAUGCUUGGAGAGUACAAAAAGAACUCGAGAAAGCAAUUAAAGAGGAGCGGAAGAUAAGGGAAGAGAUGGAGAAGAAGAAACAGAGAGAGGAAGAUAGAAAACAUCAGCUGGAGACAAAAAGGAAGGUUGAAGAGUUCCAAAAACAGAAGCACAUAGAGGAGGAAGUUCUUGCCAUGAUUAAUGAGGAGAGAAAGCGAGAGGAAAAUGAGAGAAGACGAGAGAUCAUAGCUAAGGAGAUUAGCAGGUUUAGAAACAGG